UAAAGGCGCGAACCAACAUCCCUGAGUACACUGCUCCUUCAGAAUUUAAGCUAGCAACAGGUCGACGAGAAUUUACUGUUUAAAUUUUUCAAAAAUCGUUUUUAAAAAUACCAGAAUCGAUACGUCAACUAUAUCUCCCUGUGUAUAAUAUCUCACGAAUAAUCUCUCAGAAGAGCUUCCCCCGUUUCAACUAACAAAGACAAAGAUGGCAAAUGCGAUAGCUGUAUCGAUGAUCCUCCUAGUGACUAUGACCGUAGUUACCUGCCAGAUGGUUCAAUACAGUCGUGGCUGGACCGCUGGUAAGCGUGCCGAUCACCCUGGAUUCGGCGGUGCUGACGGUCUACCGUCGGAAAUAAAAACGAAUUUUCCAACUCAAGGAGUUACUCGUCGAUCAUAUGCCCCAGACACUGUUUAUUGCAGCUUGCACAAGCUGAAGAUGCUGCGUGGCACCAAUAACGAUCAGGUGUAUCAGGUGCCCUGUGAGUUCUUGAAUAUGCGCCCCCGCGAUGGGGAGGCCAAUCAACACCUUCAGCACGAUAACUCCCAUCACCUGGCCGCCUAUGAUAAUAACAAUUACGAUGACAACAAUUGAGAGACAACGGGCGCUAUAAUUUAAUGUACUGAUAGGAAAUUUUAUUUGCAUCAAGUUGAUUGACCAAUUCCAAGUAAUAAAUUGUUAUUCACCUGGAGAAUGAUAAAUGUAUUACGGGAUAUACGGUCCUUUAAUAUAUACAAUACAGAAAUUAAGUAGAUUAAUGGGUGGGCACUGAAAAUAAACUGAAAAAUUAAUUAGAGUACAAAUUUAGAUGUUGCAAUCACGGUUGAGGAAAUUCACCCCCGACGACAGUAAUUGCCAGGACUCCAGUCGGUUAGAUAUUCGAAGGCUUUUCGCGAGUAAUUUGUCAUGCGCAUAAACCGUUGCAUCUCGUGUCUGAAUAGACCGGUGCAUCAUCACUGCA